AUGCCACCGCCGCCGCCGCCACCCCAGUUCUGUCCAGCCUGGUGCGCCCAGAAGACCCAACCCUGGGAAGGACUGUGCACCUGGAACGGCUGCGGGGGCUGCACCGAGUGCCCUGUGGUUCUGUGCGCGUCGACCGAGACGCACAACCUGAUCGACUUCAGCCUGGCGACGCUGCAGAACAACAACCUCGGCGGCGCCGGCCCCGACCCGGACGACUCUCCGGAGAACAUGCACCUCGCAUCAGUCGGGAUGACGGCCGACGGCGAGCCUUUUGACCUGAUCAUCACCAGCGAGACGGAGUACGUGCCGCGCAAUGCCGCGAACCACAACGGCAUCAACGGCGCGAUCCCGCAGAUCAACCUCGGGCAAAACGAGACCGUGACGCUGCGGUUCGACUUUGUCGACAGCAACGGCCAGCCAGUCGUGCUGAGCGAGUUCUUCUUCACCUACUACGACCUCGACCAGGAGACGGACCUGCCGUCUGGGGCGGAGUCGCUCACGGCGAGCGGCUUCGUCAAGUACGACGUCGACCCCAACACGGAGCUCGACAUCAGCACCGCGCCAGACGGCUCCGUCACCUUCUCCUCCACCAGGCGAGGGACGCUGGACGACAACCCGACCGACCCACUAUCACUGACGUCGGAGCAGCUCUCACGCUCGGUGACGCUCUUGUAUCGCGACACCUCGACGGUGAGGCUCACCUACUCGACGACCGCGGCCGUCUGCAGCCCCACCCCGUGCGGCGGGCGCAACUUCCUCUUUGCAGGCGUCAAUCCGUUCCCCGUCGUUGACCCAUGCUGCCUUUCGCCGCGGGGGCCACCGCCCUUCCCACCACCGCAACCGCCGCCUCCGCCCGCAUUACCUGUACCGCCGUCUUCUCCUUGCAUUUGUGCUUCGGACGAGACGCACAACCUGAUCGACUUCAGCCUGGCGACGCUGCAGAACAACAACCUCGGCGGCGCCGGCCCCGACCCGGACGACUCUCCGGAGAACAUGCACCUCGCAUCAGUCGGGAUGACGGCCGACGGCGAGCCUUUUGACCUGAUCAUCACCAGCGAGACGGAGUACGUGCCGCGCAAUGCCGCGAACCACAACGGCAUCAACGGCGCGAUCCCGCAGAUCAACCUCGGGCAAAACGAGACCGUGACGCUGCGGUUCGACUUUGUCGACAGCAACGGCCAGCCAGUCGUGCUGAGCGAGUUCUUCUUCACCUACUACGACCUCGACCAGGAGACGGACCUGCCGUCUGGGGCGGAGUCGCUCACGGCGAGCGGCUUCGUCAAGUACGACGUCGACCCCAACACGGAGCUCGACAUCAGCACCGCGCUAGACGGCUCCGUCACCUUCUCCUCCACCAGGCGAGGGACGCUGGACGACAACCCGACCGACCCACUGUCACUGACGUCGGAGCAGCGCUCACGCUCGGUGACGCUCUUGUAUCGCGACACCUCGACGGUGAGGCUCACCUACUCGACGACCGCGGCCGUCUGCAGCCCCACCCCGUGCGGCGGGCGCAACUUCCUCUUUGCAGGCGUAGACUGUCAGGGUUCUCCCUCUCCGGCGUGCAAUGCCUUUUACGAAUCGCUAUCCUCCAAGCCGUUUGCCGAUGCCAUCUACGCCGCCGUCUCGGAAGCCACGUCCGAGCUGCUCAACGCCAGCACCACGAUUGAGAUGAGCGUCAGCGACUCGACCCAGUUGCAGAUUCAGACGACCUUCGACUCACCCACCCUCAUCGAGAUUCUGCAGAGCUCCAACGACGGGCCGUGCAGCGGCACGACGCUCUGCACUGUCACAGUUGUGACGUACAACUCGAGCAGCACUGCGGACUGUGGCCCCGAGACUGUAACCGCCGUGGUCAUCACGCGCGAGUACCUGUACAGCAACGACUCAGAAUUUGAGACGCUUGCACAGCCCGUCGCAAACCUAUCGAUGCAGGCGGCCAGGAACGUCACAAACAGCGACUGUCUUAACCAGACGAUAAUCUUGGAUGCCGCAACCAAAGCGAUCAGCGCACGGGUGACCGCCUAG